GGUCCCGGAUUCCUCAUGAGCAUCGCGUACCUGGACCCCGGGAACGUGGAGUCGGACCUGCAGGGCGGGGCCCUGGCGGGGUUCAAGCUGCUGUGGGUGCUGCUCUGGGCCACCGUCCUGGGGCUGCUGUGCCAGCGCCUCGCCAUCCGUCUGGGCGUGGUGACCGGGAAGGACCUGGGCGAGAUCUGCUACCUCUAUUACCCCAAGGUGCCCCGUGUGCUGCUCUGGCUCAUGAUUGAGAUUGCCAUCAUCGGCUCUGACAUGCAGGAGGUGAUCGGGACAGCCAUUGCCUUCAGCCUGCUCUCAGCUGGCCGCAUCCCCCUCUGGGCUGGCGUCCUUAUCACCAUCGUGGACACCCUCUUCUUCCUCUUCCUCGAUAAGUAUGGGCUCCGCAAACUGGAGGCUUUCUUCGGCCUCCUCAUCACCAUCAUGGCCCUGACCUUUGGCUAUGAGUACGUGGUGGUGGGGCCGAGGCAGGUGGAGGUGCUGAAGGGCAUUUUCCUGCCCAGCUGCCCGGGCUGUGGGCGAAAGGAGCUGCUGCAGGCCAUGGGCAUCAUCGGCGCCAUCAUUAUGCCCCACAACAUCUUCCUGCACUCCUCCUUGGUCAAGACACGGGUGAUCGACCGCUCCAAGAAGGAGGCAGUGCGGGAGGCCAACAUGUAUUUCCUGACCGAGUCCUGCCUGGCCCUCUUUGUCUCCUUCCUCAUCAACCUCUUUGUCAUGGCUGUUUUUGGCGAGGCUUUCUACCACCAGCGCAACGAGGACGUGCACAACAAGUGCAUCAACAGCAGCAUCAGUCACUUCGCCAGCAUCUUCCCCACCAACAACGAGACAGUCUCUGUGGAUAUUUACCAGGGGGGUGUCAUCCUGGGCUGCUAUUUCGGGGCAGUGGCACUGUACAUCUGGGGCAUUGGGAUCCUGGCAGCAGGACAGAGCUCCACGAUGACCGGCACUUAUGCAGGACAGUUUGUCAUGGAGGGCUUCCUGCGGCUCCGCUGGUCCCGCUUCACCCGGGUGCUCCUCACCCGCUCCUUUGCCAUCCUGCCCACUCUCUUGGUGGCCGCUUUCAAGGACAUCAGCCACCUCACAGGCAUGAACGACCUGCUCAACGCCCUGCAGAGCAUCCUGCUGCCUUUUGCCGUCCUGCCUGUGCUCACCUUCACCAGCCUGCACCCGCUCAUGCAGGAUUUCAGCAACAGCCUCCCGGGGAAGGUGCUGAUGACCCUCAUAACGGGGCUGGUCUGCGCCAUCAACAUUUACUUCGUGGUGGACUUUUUGCCAACACUGCACGGCCUGGAGUACCACAUUCCCCUGAGCCUGCUACUGGCUGCCUACGUGGCUUUCGUCGCCUACCUGAUCUGGACAUGCAGCAUCGCACACGGAGUCCGCUUCCUGGCCCGGGGCCACCACAGCCGCUUCAAUUUCGGUCUUGCCUUCGACCCGACAGAGACGCGGUGACAGAUCCCAUCCCUGCUUGUUAUCCCCACGACCCUGCCCGGCGCGGCCUCCUGGACACGGAUUUGCUGCCACUCCGAGUCCGUGCACGUUUUACCCAGCAAGGAAAGGGUUAACAGACAGGCAGACCUCCCCCCAGGAUCUGAGAGCUCAGCGCUUCUUCCCACCCCCAACCCCCGCCAAUUCCGGGGUGCUGGUCCGGGCUGGAUGCGAGGGGAGUGGGAUGGAGCGGGACAUUCUCCCAUUGGCACAGACGCUCCAGCGAAUGAGCCGCGGCGGAGACCUGCCCUGCUCAUUACUGCCGGCCCCCGGGACCGCUAAUCACCGCUGGGGACCGCUAAUUACCACCGGGGACCGCUAAUUACCGCCGGGGACCGCUAACCACCCCCUGCCGCCCGGGACCGGCCCCAUCCCCACGGGGGGCUCCGAAUAUCGGGGGGCUUGGGACGGCUGAUAAACGGCGUGUUCGAAA